AAUUCAUUCGCGUCUCCUUGCGGGACUCGCGUUUCGCUUUUACGACGAUUUUGAUCGAAUCACAUGUUUUCAGACGUCUUCAGGAAAUAUUAGCUACUUCUUGGUGACUACUGAUAUAAAAAGUCUUUCUUUGAAGUUCUGUCUGCUGUCGGGCGUAACGCUGUCUGCUGCUGUGUUGCUGUUCUGGAGCCACAUUCAGCAUCAGCACAGAAUCUUCAGUUCUCAUCGAGCUGAACCAUUUUUCAUCAAGCAACAUCCGUUUCGAUGUGACCAGAUAUUUGCAGGAGAUAAUCACCAGAUUUCUAUAGCCAUGCAACAAUCUCGGACAUUGCUAACGGAUUACGAGGUCUACAAGUUAUUAGCAAAUUGUUCUGCUCUGUUUUCAAGGCACUUUUACCCUUUGAUACCGACUAGUGAAGAAGAAGAAAAGUUUCCCCUUGCAUAUGUCAUUUUAAUUAAUGAACAUUUGGAACAGGUAGAGAUUCUGCUUAAUGCAAUUUAUGCUCCCCAAAAUAUUUAUUGUAUCCAUGUUGACCUAAAAGCGCCUUACAUUGUUCACGCGGCAAUGCAACGCCUUUCAAGGUGUCUUCCAAAUGUGAUGGUCAGCAAAACGAGCUUCCCAAUUUCUCGUGUAUUUAUCGAAAUGCUCGACGCUUGCCUUUCUUGUAUAGAAGACAUCUACACGUAUCUUUUGACUCUGCAAGGACAUGACUUUCCUUUGAAAACAAACAGAGAAAUCGUGAAGAUUCUUCGGGCGCAUCGAGGAGCAAACGAUGUGGAGCUAGUGCCUCCACAUGAUCAUAUCAGGUACAUUUGGAAAUAUGUAUUUGAUGAAUCUGGCAUUCCCAUAGACAUUGUACAGACAAAUUUUAUUCGUGGCCCCCCGCCAAAAAAUAUUAUUCUAUACAAAGGAAACUUUGCAGUAUCUCUAAGUCGUCAAUUUGUAGAUGAGAUCAGAAUGCAUGAGCUGCGAUCAUUGCUUUUAAAGUAUUUGCGAAAUUCUGCCUCCGGUGAUGAAAUUUUCUGGUCAUCCCUUAACCACAACGACUGGCUCAACUUUUCUGGAAACUAUCCAGGUAGAUGUGUCAGUUCUGGACGCAAAACAUGGAUCAGCCGUUUCACUCUCUGGAAACAUGAAGAUGGCUCCACUGCUGACCUUCGGCAUGUUGUCUGUCGCCCGCACCUGUUCUUGAACAAAUUUUGGCUUCCGGAUGAUCCAGUUGCGGUUGAUUGUUUGCAUGAACUCUUAUUUAAAAGAAAUUAUCUAUAUGAUAAAACCGGAGUACUUAAUUUAACUUAUUAUGAUAAUCUUCCAGGUGUUCUAUAUCAGAAACAUCGAUUGACACCGGUAAUAAGUUUGCAAUUAUGGUGUGGAUACCGCAUUACCGCGUAG